GGCUAAGAUCUGUAUUGUGAGCAGUUUCUGGCUAAAAGCUCUGCUGUGAGCAGUUUCCAUUCUUGACUGGUGAAGUCAAAAUUCUCAACUUGUAGACCAGAAGGAUUAAAGAAUACUACAUUAUCCAUUUUCGCUGCACUGGCUGAGCAACACCCAGGUGUGCCUGAAGUUGCAGGAGCUGGAAACCUAAGGAAGAAGGAAAUCUCGCAUGAAUGACAGAUGGGAACCAGAGAGACGUGGGAUGAAAUCUUGAGUCGGGUACCCCAGACAUGCUUUCCCAUGUGUUCAUAGCCCUAGAGAACAUCACGGAGUGAAUACCUUACAAUAGAUGAGGGAAGGCUAUAAAUCCUCAAGUUCAGACUCAUUCUGCUAUUGCCACCUGUUUCUGAACUUUUAGUCCCCUUUCUUGCACUUAGGGAGUCCUCUCUCUGCUUCUGUCCUCCAGAUCUUCACAUUCCCUCCCUUGCCCAACUCUGCCACCCAAAGCCACCAGCUUAAAUCGACACACCAGGUAGGCUGGGGAGUGGGGGACUGGGAGUUCUGAAUUACAAAGUUGAGGAAAGGCUCUACUUAUAUCUAGGAGGGGCCACCGGGACAGGCUGUGUGUCCUAGGCUGUUCCCUGCCUGAUAGAGGCUUGAUGGGUUCCCUCCACACGACCACUCCUGCGUUCCCAGCCUCCUCGCUCUACCGCGCACUCGCAGCUCCCUAGCGACACCAGCCACCAAGCUGGUGGAGAGAGUAGGGGUGCGCUAGUGGGAGGCUUCUCCCUCGGGAACCUGGGAGAUCCCUGCCGCCAGCAGGGGCUGUGGCACCGCCCGCGCGGGGACCCACGCUUAGAUCUAGCGCCUUCCCAACUUCGCAGUGCCUUCAGGCCAAGGCGGUCGGGAUGGAUCUGUCACCCCGCAACCGGCCGCUUCUGGACUCGUCCUCGCUGGACAGCGGCUCCCUGACCUCGCUGGACUCCAGCGUCUUCUGCAGCGAGGGCGAAGGGGAACCCUUGGCUCUGGGGGACUGCCUUACGGUCAACGUGGGAGGCAGCCGCUUCGUGCUCUCUCAGCAAGCUCUGUCCUGCUUCCCGCACACGCGCCUGGGCAAACUGGCCGUGGUGGUGGCCUCCUACCGCCGCCUGGGUGCCCUGGCUGCAGCCCCCAGCCCCUUGGAGCUUUGUGAUGAUGCUAACCCGGUGGACAACGAGGCUUCUUCGACCGCAGCCUCAGGCAUUCCGUUAUGUCCCCACUAUUAUCGCACUGGCUGCUUGCACGUCAUGGAGCAGCUCUGUGCGCUCUCCUUUCUUCAGGAGAUCCAGUACUGGGGCAUCGAUGAACUCAGCAUCGACUCCUGCUGCAGGGACAGAUACUUCAGAAGAAAGGAGCUGAGUGAAACUCUUGACUUCAAGAAGGACACAGAUGACCAGGAAAGUCAACAUGAGAGUGAACAGGACUUCUCAAAAGGACCUUGUCCUACCGUCCGACAAAAGCUCUGGGAUAUUCUGGAGAAGCCUGGGUCUUCCACAGCAGCCCGGAUCUUUGGAGUGAUCUCCAUCAUUUUUGUGGCAGUGUCCAUCGUCAACAUGGCCCUGAUGUCAGCUGAGCUAAGCUGGCUCAACCUACAGCUGCUGGAGAUUUUGGAGUAUGUGUGCAUCAGUUGGUUCACCGGGGAGUUCAUUCUACGCUUCCUGUGUGUGAAAGACAGGUGCCACUUCCUGAGGAAGGUUCCAAACAUCAUAGACCUCCUUGCCAUCUUGCCCUUCUACAUAACUCUUCUGGUGGAAAGCCUGAGCGGCAGCCACACCACCCAAGAGCUGGAAAAUGUAGGACGUCUGGUCCAGGUUUUGAGGCUCCUCAGAGCUCUGCGCAUGCUGAAGCUGGGAAGGCAUUCGACAGGCUUGCGCUCACUUGGGAUGACAAUCACCCAGUGCUAUGAAGAAGUCGGCCUACUGCUCCUGUUUCUAUCUGUGGGAAUUUCUAUAUUUUCAACAAUAGAAUACUUUGCAGAGCAAAGCAUUCCUGAUACAACCUUCACCAGUGUUCCUUGUGCAUGGUGGUGGGCCACAACAUCCAUGACUACAGUAGGAUAUGGGGACAUUAGACCAGACACCACGACAGGCAAAAUCGUGGCCUUCAUGUGUAUUCUAUCAGGAAUCCUUGUCUUGGCCUUGCCUAUUGCCAUUAUUAAUGAUCGCUUCUCUGCUUGUUACUUCACCUUGAAACUCAAGGAAGCAGCUGUGAGACAGCGUGAAGCUCUCAAGAAGCUUACCAAGAAUAUAGCCACUGACUCAUACAUUAGUGUUAACCUGAGGGAUAUCUAUGCCCGGAGCAUCAUGGAGAUGCUUCGAUUAAAGGGCAGGGAGAGAGCGAGUACUAGAAGCAGUGGUGGAGAUGAUUUCUGGUUUUAAGUUUACCUUCAACUUAUUUACAAAACCUAUGUAGAUUUGACUGGAUUGAUGAAGCCUUGCUGCUAUGGCUAUCUGUAUACUGAUUAUGAUUUUCUUGACCACUUAUCUUCUUUCUGGUGUAUUUUCUAGAAUAUUUAACAUCUUCUAUAGCAUCUACUGAUUAUUUUAACACACAUGUCUUCAACGUAGCCAAUUAAUACAACCAAAAUCAAUUGGGAAAAGAACACGUAUCUGAAUUUUGAAGUAUCAAUUAAUAUGAUUUCAUACAUCAAAAUUUAAAGAAUCAUGUGUCAUUAUUCUUGGGCUUUCAGCAGUGAUGUUUUCUGCUUUUUCAUGGAAGUAGAACUGCACAGUCCAUGGGGAGUUGGGGCAGUGAGCAUUUAAAAAUACACAGUGCAUCUUUUUGCCAUUUAAAGAUAUUCUACAAAUAAGUUACUUCUUUCUCUAUCAAUUAAAACUAUUGAGUAUAAAUAUUAGCUUUGCAAUCAAACACUUAAGCUUAGUAGCCAUAGUGAGUACCUCAUCUUCCAUCAAGUGCAAGUCACUGGUUCCAACUGGACAGAGCUUUACCCUUCAACAGUCCAUUUGUAAGUGGAAGCCUCAAACUGCUGAAGAGUACAGUAGGUGAGACUUCAAGUCCCUGGACAAUUUCAUUAUCCCAGCUGAGUGUGAUGUGUGAAGAAGAACGCAGCAUAGCUCUCUGGGAAAAUUAAAUGAUUUAUAAAACAUUUCAUUAUGGAUGAAUUAUUUAAGCUAUGCUUUCAAAGUCAUGAAUAUGGAAAACUAAAGUAGUAAAUUUAUUCACCAAAAAGAUUAGAUAGUCUUUUCAUAUGUGGAAAUAUGUUGGAUGACAUCAUUAGUUGAACUCAAAGAACUUUUUAUUUGUUAAAAAA